AUGCGAUCGGAAUUGUUUGUGAUUGUCUUUCAUUUAUUUGCAUUUAUUUUGUUAAUGCAAGGGCUUUUCCCAUUCUCAUCAUCGACAAAUCAAAUUUCUACUCGAUCAUGUUUCAAUUCGCCAAAAUCAACAAAUCGUCGUGUGAUUAUCAUUUUAAUCGAUGCAUUACGUUCUGAUUACAUCUUCAAUAGAAAUCAUUCAUUUUAUCUCAGAUCGAUCAGUAAACUCGAAGAAGAAAAGAAAGCUUUAUCGAUUAAAUUACGAACUCACACACCAACUGUAACAUUACCAAGAUUAAAAGCAAUUUUAACAGGAACAAUUCCGUCAUUUUGGGAUGUGCUGUUCAAUUAUAAUUCCUCUUCAUUGGAAAUCGAUAAUUUGUUAUUUCAAUAUAAGAAAAAGUAUCCCGAGAAGAAAAUUGUCUUUUAUGGUGAUGAUACUUGGUUGAAAUUAUUUCCAUAUGAAAUUUUCUCUCGUUCAUAUGGUCUUCAAUCAUUUUUCGUUUCGGAUUUCAAAGAAAUCGAUAUUAAUGUAACUCACGGUCUUUAUGUCGAAUUAAAUCAAAUAGAACAAUGGGAUUUAUUAAUCGUUCAUUAUUUAGGUCUCGAUCAUAUUGGACAUGCUUAUGGUGCAUUUAAUUCAUUUGUUCAAGAUAAAUUACUUGAAAUGGAUGAAAUGAUUGAAUAUGUUUAUUCAAAAGUUAAUUUAAAUGAUGUAAUUUUAAUUACAGGUGAUCAUGGAAUGAUUGAUCAAGGUGGACAUGGUGGAUCAUCGAAUGAAGAAAUCUUUGUUCCUGCAGUUUUUAUUUCUAAAGGAUUUCAAGAGAUUUAUCGAGAUAAAAAUGAAUAUUUUCAAAUUGAUUUAACACCAACAUUAAGUGCAUUACUUGAAAUUGCAAUUCCAUUUAAUAAUUUAGGAAUUUUAAUUGAAAAUGUUCUGAAAACUUUUCAAUUUGUUAAUAAAACAAAUUUAUUUCAAUGUUUAAUCGAUGAUAAUCGAAGACAAUUGGUUAAUCUUUUAUCAAAUACGAAAUUAUCAACUGCAUUCAAUGAUCUACAACAAAUUCGACAACAAGCGAUGAAAUUAGCCAAUGAACAAGAUAUUUUCAUGUUAAUUCUGAGUAUUUUCAUCUUCUUUCUCCGUACAAUUCUUCUUUGGUUUCAUAUUUCCAAAAUGUGUUUAAUUUCAAUUGUUAUUUCAAUCUUGUUUUAUGUGAUUUCGAAUCGAAUUUUUGUUAGUUUAUCAAUUGGUAUAAUUACUUUUUGUUUCAUUGGAUUGAAACAAGGUCAAAGAAGAUUAAUUAAUUAUAAAUUUGAAGAGAAAAUGAAUCUAUCAAAUCAAUUAUUGAUUUAUUAUCCAAUAUUUCAUUGUCUUUCGUUAUUUUCAAGUAGUUUUAUUGAAGAAGAACAUCAAACUUGGUAUUAUUUAUUAUCAACUUAUUUAUUUCUUCGAACAUUUGAAGAAAAAUCUUUCCAAUAUUUCAUUUUCUUUCUUUUCUCUCGUUUAAUUCGUUCAUGGAAUCAAACUGGAAAUAAAUGGUUAAAUCUUUCUGAUAUUGGUGAUUUUCUUAAUAAAUCUGAUCAUCAAAUCUAUUUAUUUGUUAUUCAUAUUCUUUCUUCAAUUGUAUUUGUUUAUUUGUUAAAUAAAUCAAAACAAUGUCGAUUAAUAUAUUUGUUACCGAUGAUUAUUUUCAUUUAUCGAUGGAAUUUAUUCAGUUCGUUUUCAUCAUUAAGUCCAUUGUUUUAUUAUGGUUUAUUAAUUUAUUUUUUGAUCUGGAAAGAGAUGUCAAUAACAAAUAUUCUCUUUUGUCUUUUGUAUUUAAUUUGUCGAACACAUAAUUGUGUUAUAAUCGUCAUUUAUAUGAUAUUCUAUGAAUAUUUAUUGGUAACUGAUGGUUCAUUGGCAUUUUUAUUAAGUCAAUCGGCAUUUUUUCAUCUUGGAAAUUCGAAUUCAUUUGUAACAAUUGAUAUUUCAACAGGUUUUGUCGGUAUUCCAAUUUAUAUUCCAAUUAUUCACGGAUUUUUCAUUUAUCUUUCAACAUAUGGUUUAUCAAUACUUUGGUUAAUGAAAUUAUCACGUGAACAACGAACGAUUUAUUUGUUACAAUUAACUUUGAUUAAUACUUUAUUUUCUAUUUGUGUUUUUCUCCAACGUUAUCAUUUAUUUGUUUGGACGACACCUUUUUAUCAUAAGAAAGACGACGAGGUUUGUAAGCGUAUUGUCGGUUCACUUGUCGGUCUCGCCGUUGGAGAUGCUUUGGGAGCAAGUGUAGAAUUUCGUCCUCAAGAAUAUUUAGUUACAAAUCCCGUGAAAACGAUGCAAGGUGGAGGUACAUGGGGUCUCGACGCUGGGAAAUGGACGGAUGAUACAUCCAUGGCAUUGUGUCUUGCAUCAUCAUUAAUCAGUGAAAAUGCUUUUAAUCCUUAUAAUCAAAUGGUUCGUUAUAAAUGGUGGCAUAGAUAUGGAUAUUUAUCAUCAACAGGACAUUGUUUUGACAUUGGUCAAGCAACUCGACAAGCAUUAACAGAAUUUGCAAACCGACAACGAAUCCUCAAAGUUGCUUAUUAUUGUAAAACUGAUUAUGAAACUGAUAUAUUAGCAUUGGAUUCCGUUGAACGAGUCUCUAAUUUUGAUAUUUCAUCUUCGAAUUCCGACUCGGCAGGAAAUGGUGCCUUGAUGCGUCUUGCACCAAUUCCUUUGUUUUAUUUUCAAUCUCCUUUAAUUGCGAUUGAAAGUGCCGGUCGAAGUGCUGCAUUGACUCAUGCAAAUCAAAAAGCAGUUGAUGCAUGUCGCUAUUAUGCGGCAUUGAUCAUUGCUGCCCUUCGAGGUUCAACUAAAGACGAAUUACUGGAUAAAAACUUUUAUGUUAAUCACAAAGAUUGGUUUGGCGAAGAAAAAUUACAUGACGAUGUUCAAACCAUUAUCAACGGUUCGUUUAAGAAGAAAGGAGGCUAUGAUGAAGGAAUUCGAGGAAAAGGUUAUGUAAUCAAUGCUUUGGAAGCGGCUCUUUGGUCUUUUUGGGCAGAUGAAGACUCAUUUGAAAAAGGUGCACUUAAUGCAGUGAAUCUUGGCGAUGAUACUGAUACAACUGCCGCGAUUUAUGGACAAUUAGCUGGAGCAUUUUAUGGAUACGACAAAAUUCCAAAAGAAUGGCUUGACAAACUUUAUGCACAUGAUUUUCUUGUCACCAUUGGUGAAUGGUUACAUUUUAUGGGAAUUCAACGAGUAAACGAAUCAUAUCCUGUUUGCGAAACUGAAGACAAACAAAUUCUAUCAGAAACGAACGAUUGUCAAGCUGAUCAACAACAUUCAGAUCUAGUCGUUUCGGCAUACUCUUUGCAAGUCGAUCCAAUAGGAUCUGUUCCAUCGAAUGAUGACGUGUUAGAUCAUUAUUUUCAAAGUUCUCUGAACGAUGAAGAAGAUGAUUAUACAAAGAGUGCAUAUAAUUAUGGAUUUUAUCGGAAUAAACUCUAA